AUGCCUCGCUGCGCGCAGCCGCAGCCCACCAUCGUCUAUCGCGCCUUCUCCGGCGCACACUGCACUUUCGCGUGGUGCCACCUCGAUACCGAUGCGCCUUCUUCCCCGUCCUUCUUUUCCGCGGGGACGAGCGAAGCCAACCCCGCGUCAUUACUGAGUACUGAUGGCGAGCCCACGGCCUCGCACGCCUCCGCGCGUCGCAAGCAUCCGACGCAAACUCAAUCGAAGUCUGAUCACUGGCUUGGCCGCACUCCGCGCCGCUACUUUCCGCCUGCCAGCCCCAUCCAUAUUUGCCGGGCGGCCAACCAGACGCGAUCACGGCUACUCGCCGCCACCCGUCCCUCUCGCUCUGCACAGCGUGCACUUCUCAGCAGCAGCCCUGCGCGUCCCAGUCCCAGUCCCACGCACACGGCCGCUUACCUCGCCUCACACAAACACCCCGCUGGCAGUCUGCUGACGUGCAAACUCACCUCCGCGGCGCGUGUACGACAAACUCGAGGCGGCACGCGCCGUCGGACGUUCUCGGAGGCUGUCACUUCGCUGUCUUCCCAUCGUCUCAUGUUGACAUGGACAUGGACAUCUCCCGGGGCCGCUUCUGCCGCAGCUCCCCCGGUCGGAUUCGCCGUCUGGUCUGGACGGACGGACGGACAAACGGACGCGUGCGUGCGUGCUUGCUACUGCCCCAACGCCACCGAGGGACCUCGCAGCCUCGCGCGUGCGUGCCAAACAAAGCAUCCCACCACCACCACUAAUAAACCCGAUUCCCGGCGUGCGCACACCUAUGGCGUAUAUCCGUACAAACGACGUUUCCGCGCAACGCCGCUCGCGCGCGCGACGUCGUCAUGCAGCGCGUCGGAUGGCGAACUUGCAUGA